CGGAUGUCCCCCCCCCCCAUUAAUCCCCUAUAGGUCAUGGCCCCCCCCCCAUCCAUGGAGCUGCUGGUGCUGACGGUGCUGCUUAUGGGAACAGGCUGUAUUUCCGCCCCUUGGGCCGCCUGGAUGCCACCCAAGAUGGCGGCUCUUUCCGGUACGUGCGUUCAACUUCCGUGUCGUUUCGAUUACCCGGAAGAACUUCGCCCGGCUUCUAUCGGUGGUUUAUGGUAUUUCGGGAGCCCGUAUCCUAAAAAUUACCCCCCGGUUGUGGCUCGUUCCCGUCCAUCAUCCGCCGUUCAUGAGAGUUUUGCCGGUAGAGCUUCGUUUUUAGGUGACCCGACCGGACGUGAUUGUACUUUAAAUAUCGCGAGACUCAGCGAGGAAUUGGCGGGGAAAUAUUACUUCCGGGGUGACCUCGGGGGUUACAAUCAAUACAGCUUCAGUGAGCACGCCGAGCUCGAUGUGUGGGGUGAGGCCUAUGGGGUCCUAUGGGGGUCUAUGGGGGUCUAUGGGAGGUCUACGGAGGCCUAUUGGGGCCUAUGAGGCCUAUGGGGG